AUGCAGUUUGAUAUUGUUCCAGGCAGUGAGGGAUUGGAGAAGAUGCUGGAAGGCUCCAUCCCACAGUCUGGGUCUAGUGAUGUGCCUGUGCGGAAAUGCGGCUCCAUUGCAGACUGGUGUGUGACCUUGGACAGCGACCUGACCUCAGUGGGCCUCAGUUUCCUCAUUUGUGAGCAGGUCCACGACCCGCUGCCGCCCGUGCCCCUCUUCAGCCGCUUCCUGUGCACGCCGCUGGCGGCCGCCUGCCCGUCGGGGACCGAGCAGGGGGACGCGGCGCCCGGCGAGCGCGAGGAGCUGCUGCUGCUGCAGAGCACGGCCGAGCAGCUGCGCCAGACGGCGCUGCAGCAGGAGGCGCGCAUCCGCGCCGACCAGGACACCAUCCGCGAGCUCACCCGCAAGCUGGGCCGCUGCGAGAGCGGCCUGCCGCGCGGCCUCCAGGACGCCGGGCCCCGCCGCGACGCCAUGGCCGACGGGCCCUGGGACUCGCCCGCGCUCAUCCUCGAGCUGGAGGACGCCGUGCGCGCCCUCCGGGACCGCAUCGUCCGCAUCGAGCAGGAGCUCCCAGCCCGAGUGAACAUCUCGGCGGCCCCAGCCCCUGCGCCCGCGGCGCCCACCGCCCUGCACUCCAGGAUGGACGAGCUGGAGGGGCAGCUGCUGGCCAAGGUGCUGGUGCUGGAGAAGGAGCGCGCGGCCCUCAGCCACAGCGGGCAGCGGCAGCGGCAGGAGGUGGAGAAGGAGCUGGACGCCCUGCAGGACCGCGUGGCCGAGCUGGAGCACGGGUCCUCGGCCUUCAGCCCCCCUGACGCCUUCAAGAUCAGCAUCCCCAUCCGCAACAACUACAUGUACGCCCGCGUGCGGAAGGCGCUGCCCGAGCUCUAUGCCUUCACCAUCUGCGUGUGGCUGCGGUCCAAGUCGGGCGGCACUGGCCAGGGCACCCCCUUCUCCUACUCAGUGCCUGGGCAGGCCAACGAGAUCGUGCUGCUGGAGUCGGGCCACGACCCCAUGGAGCUGCUGAUCAAUGACAAGGUGGCCCAGCUGCCUCUGAGCCUGAAGGACAACAGCUGGCACCAUAUCUGCAUCGCCUGGACCACGAGGGAUGGCCUGUGGUCUGCCUACCAAGACGGGGAGCUGCGGGGCUCCGGAGAGAACCUGGCUGCCUGGCACCCCAUCAAGCCUCAUGGGAUCCUUAUCCUGGGCCAGGAGCAGGAUACCCUGGGUGGCCGGUUUGAUGCCACCCAGGCCUUCGUGGGUGACAUUGCCCAGUUUAACCUGUGGGACCACACCCUGACACCUGCCCAGGUCCUGGGCAUUGCCAACUGUACCGGACCGCUGCUGGGCAACGUCCUCCCCUGGGAAGACAAGCUGGUGGAGGCCUUCGGGGGUGCAACAAAGGCCACCUUCGAUGUCUGCAAGGGGAGGGCCAAGGCAUGAGGGGCCACCUCAUCCAGGGCCCCUCUCUUUGCCUGCCAACUUGGGGACCUUAUGGGGAGCAGGGGCAUAUUCCCUCCUCAGCCUACCCACACUCUGACCUCCCCUCCUGCCCCACUCCUGGCCAUGCCUCCCACUUCCCCCACCCAUUCCCACACCUCCAGAAUGCCCUGCCCUGCAAUGGCUGUUCCCUAAUCCCACUUGGAAGGGGACAAGCAGCUCAAGUCAACAGGGCAAGCCUGGGGUGAGUCCAGGGACUGACAGGGGGUGGGUGGCAGUGCC